UUUAUUCACCAUGUUGUUAGUGUCGAUUCGACAGCGUGCCCGUUCGGUUGUCAGAUGUUGGGUGUCAUAAUUUUUGACUGAAUAGGUAUUUUUAUUUAAUUGUUUUAGUUCAGUGGACUGAUAUGACAGAUUAAAUUGAUAUAAUAGUUUUUUAUCGUUGACAUACGUUACGGAAAUUUAUCAAUUUUGUGUAAUUGAGUGAUUUGUGCGGACCAAAAACCAUUUUGGAUUAUUCUUACAUUUCCUGAUUUCGUUGCGAAAUAACAUAAUUAUUGAUUGUUUAUAUUGAAAAAAUUGAGAAAAAAAGUGAUUGGAGUGUGAAAUAGUGUCAAAGUGUGAACCAAAUGUCAUUUGAAUGAAUUGAGAAAUUUUAAGUGUCAAAACGAGAACAGUUCACAUUUUGUGAACACAUCCAUAUAAAUUGUACCUUCCUAUAUAACAUUAUAAUAUUUAACUCAGUGCGAAAUAAUUUUAGUCGAGACAAAAACGACGCAUUAACGCAUUCACAAUUACGGCCACCGGAAGAAUAACGAGAGACGCCCACGGCGAUAGUGACAGUGAAGGGACGACGACGCACACAACAACGACGGCGACGGCAAUGACGGUGCCCGUUCAACGCGGAUCGAUGGCGGUCUUACAACCGCCGCGAUCGCGCUUCAUGAUAACGGAUAUUUUAGCAGGCAGUGCAGCAGCGGCCGCGGCGGCAGCAUCGGCAGCCGCAGCAGCUAAUGCCGCCAUGAAUGGCAGUGACAAUUCUAGCGACCAUCACAUUUCGCCCCAUCACCACCAUCAUCUUAACUCACAUCAUCCUCACCUCCAACACCCACUUUCGCAUUCGCUGCAUGUUGUCGGCGGUGGCGGCGGCGGCGGUGGGGGAGUAGUUAUGAAUAGCAAUGGCCCCACAAACGGUCUGCAUUCCCAUUAUGCGCAUCCUCACCAUCUGCAACAUCAUGCGGCGGCAGCAGCAGCUGCAGCAGCCGCAGCGGCGGCGGCAUACAAUUCAGCUCACCGCGAUCUCGAUGACGAUCAUGACCGCAGCGGACGGUCGCCUUCACCGCAGGGACCGCGCGACCUCAGUGUACCUCCAGGAGGUGGAAGCAGCGGCGGACGAGCCAGUACCCACGACGAUAGUGACAGCGACUCCAGUGGAAAUCUGGAUAGUCAUAGUAUUUGUAGCAAUGGUGCCAAAGAUGAAGAUGGAAAUAGUAUAAAAAGUGGUAUGGGCUUUGGCGGAUCGUCUAGCUUAAGUAAAAAGCAACGAAAAGCUCGAACUGCCUUCACCGAUCAUCAACUUCAGACAUUAGAAAAAUCCUUCGAAAGACAAAAAUAUUUAAGUGUUCAAGAUCGAAUGGAAUUAGCCAAUAAACUAGGACUUAGUGAUACACAAGUGAAAACUUGGUAUCAAAAUCGAAGAACAAAAUGGAAACGUCAAACUGCUGUGGGUCUUGAACUACUUGCCGAAGCUGGCAACUAUGCAGCAUUCCAGAGAUUAUAUGGCGGUCCACCUUAUCUCGGUGCAUGGCCAUAUCCAGCCCAAUCACCACACGGAACGCCACCAUCUGCCGCCGAUUUAUAUUACCGCCAGGCGGCAGCAGCAGCUUUACAAAAACCUCUACCUUAUCGAUUGUAUCCAGGUGUUCCGGCUGCCCUAGGCAGCCUAGGUGGCUUGCCAGGUCCAGCUACAGCUCCAUUUCCCCAUCUCUCAGCGUCUAGUUCUCUGUCGUCAUUAAGUAGUUACUAUCAAACCAAUACUAACAACAACAAUAACAACAACAAUAGCAGUAGCAAUAACAAUAACAUCAGUAUUAGCAAUAGCAAUAGUUCCCGGCGAUCACCCAGUCCGACAUUGAAUCCCGGCAGUCCACCGGGUCGUUCAGAAAGUAGUCGACCGCCUAGUGAUGAUGAAGAUACUAUUCAAGUAUGAGUUUUAUAGAAACUUAAUUAUAAAUUAAUAUUAUUAUUAUUAUUAUUCUCAGUGUACAGUAAAUUAGCUUAUUUAUUUUUUAAAUUAAUAAAUAUAAAAAAAACAAAGUGGCACAAAAUUUAAUAAUUUCAAAAUAAAAACAUAAAACAAUAUUAUUUUCUUUUUCAUUUUAACAAUUUUUUUUUUGGUGUAAGCCCCCAUCAGCACAUAAAACAGAAUUUUUGUAAUAAUAGAAAUAUUUAUAUCUAUAUAUUUUUAAUUAGAUAGAAAACUAUAACCCUGAAAAAAUAAAAAAAAAACAAAAAGAUACAAAAUAAAUUCUGAAAAAUAAAAUAAAACAAAUAAAAAUGAAAAUGAAAAGUAAAACUGUUGCCAAUAAUGUAUUGUAAAUUUUUGUACAAAAUUGUUUAAGCGAAUUAUAAGCGAAUGUGUAAGUGUAUAUUUUUUAAAUUAAAGAUGAAAAAAACUAAAAUAUAUCUAUAGCAUGGUGUAUAUGUAUUUUUUGCUCUAAGUAGAUACUUUAUACAAAACUAAAAAUUAAAGACAAACAAACAAAUCUUAAAUAAAGAAAGAAACUUCUAUUCAUACAUUUAAUUGAAAUAACAAAUUAAAUGGAGAUUAUUUCUUUAUACAAGUGAUUUAUAUAUAAAUUUAAUUGAAACAAAUUCAUAAAAUAAAAAAAAAAAAGUAAACUGUUAAAUACUAUCUUUUGUUUCUUCCAGUUUGUAUUUAUUUAAAUUUAAUUUUCAUUUAUUUUGUACAGUUUAAAAGACGAAAAAUUAAAGUGUAAUAUUGUGUAUUUAUUUAUAAACAAAAUAUUUAUAACACUUAUUUUGUCUGUUAUGAUUCUUAUUGUUCGAGAAAAACUCUAAAGUAUCGAAUAAAAAAAAACACGUAUUUAUAUAAAUUUAUUCUGAAAAGAAAAAAAAAAGAAUAAAUUAAUUUCUUUUUCUUAUUUUUUGUCAUUUGUUUUUAAGUGUUCUAGUAUAAAAUUUUGUAUGUAGCUAAGAAGAUGAUAAGAAGGACGAUAUAGAAUAUGAUAAAAUAAAAUAAAUUAUAAAUCAAAA